AAUUACACGAUUGGCCGGCGCAUCGAUCAUCAAUCGACGCCGUUACUGCUGCGAGACGAAUAAUUCAUUUUGGACCGCUUGCUGCUGCAUCGGUGGGAGUCGGGCAGCCCUGGAUUGGUUGCAAGCAGGGCAGCCAGCCACUGCAGCUUGAGCAUGAGUUUCUUCUUCCGCAAGCGGACGCCGCGCGGCCCGCCGCCGGCGCACUGCAAAACAUGCAAAGCGCGACUGGACGCGUGCUCGUGCAAAUCGACCGAUGAGGAAUCGUACGAGGAGCGCCGCGCGAGCGCCGCGACGACGACGGAGGCACCGCGACGACGAAACUGGUUCGGGCGGUCCGCCCCCGCGGCUCCCGAGCCGGCGCCCGCGGCUGCCAGGCCGGCGCCCGCCGAUGCUGCCGUCGACGAUGGCAGCUGCGAGGACGCCACGCCGCGCCUCGACGCUGCCGCUGAGAGGCGUCUAGAGUCGGUCUACGCGGCGUAUGUCGACGACGCGGCGCGAGCGAACGCCGGAGCGCGUCUCCAGGAGAGCGACGCGCCGCCGAUCUCUUGUUUUGGGCUGUGUGGAAAUCAAAAUUUUACGGCGCGUUCGUGCUGAACCGUCGCGUCGUCCUCCACGCCAUCGACGCGACGUCGGCUCGAUGGCGUGGCGAUGCCGGUUCGUCACCGCUCGACGGAGCCGGCACGGCCGCGUCAUCGACGAGAAAUGACUUAGUGAAGAAUUAUCGGGUGCACCCGACGCACUGGUUGAUUUCCACACAGGUUUCGGCGAGGACGCGUUUUGCAUGGCGCACACGGGGCGGAGUGCGGUCAGCGGCGUCGUGGACUACCAAUCGAUGGCGACGCGCAACCGCCUCGACGCGGGGCCCCUGGCGCUGACGCCGCCGAAGAAGCCGUCGCCCGGUCUGGAAGGUAGGUACCGGUCGCUGGCGCGCAUUGACACGAGCGCCGCGCCGGCGCCGGCGGCGCGGUCAGGGGGGCUAGAGCUGUACCUCGAGAGCCGCGGGCUCGGCGCCUACGCGCCUCGGAUCCGCGCCCUUGGCGCGCGGAAGGUCGCGGACCUGCAGCUGCUUUCGGACGAGGACAUCGACGAUUUGGGCGUGCCGAAGGAGCUGCGCGUGGUGCUGAAGGUGAGUUUGAGUUAGUAGUAUUUUGUGAUGACUUAUGCUUGAGAGGGGGACAGGCGCUAGA